GGCCAUCCUGCUCCGUAACACCCACUCCAAACUCCUGUGUACCUCUGCAUACCGAAUCACCAUUCCACUUACUUCAGCGACCUCAUAACUCUCUGCUUGAAGCACCAUGUCCACCGCAGCCCGCCGCCGUCUGAUGCGCGACUUCAAGCGUAUGCAGACUGAUCCUCCCGCUGGUGUUUCUGCCUCUCCUAUAGCCGACAAUGUUAUGACCUGGAACGCAGUUAUUAUAGGUCCGGCCGACACGCCGUUCGAAGAUGGUACCUUUCGCCUUGUCAUGCAUUUCGAAGAAGCCUACCCGAAUAAGCCUCCUGGCGUCAAGUUCAUCAGUCAGAUGUUCCACCCAAACGUAUACGGCACAGGCGAGUUGUGCUUGGACAUCCUGCAGAACCGGUGGUCGCCCACGUACGAUGUUGCAGCGAUCUUGACAAGUAUCCAGAGUCUGUUGAACGACCCCAACACGUCGUCGCCGGCGAACGUAGAAGCGUCCAACCUGUACAAGGAGAACCGAAAAGAGUACACGAAGCGCGUACGGGAAACAGUUGAGAAGAGCUGGGAGGACUGAUUAUGCGCUGGUUGAGGGACAAUAUAUUAGCAUGAUGUGGCAUGGACUGGGAGUUAUCAGGUACUCUGGGCCGAACCAUAUUAGUUGCCUUGGAUUUGGAGUUAGCAGGCGUCUGCAUAUGAUACUAUUACAGCGAGGC